GCUCGAACAUAAACAAAGGCAGGACGCUGCGUUGCAAUAAACUCAACUCUCCUGGUAAUUUAUAUGUUAACAGUGUCGAAAAGUUGGAGCGUGACUUAUUUCUGGAGCCAUGGAAAACGCAUUAGUGAUGCGAGUGAGUGUGUUUACUGAUCAAGGAGGCAGGAAAUACAUGGAAGAUGUGACCGAGGUCAUAGUAGAGCCCGAGCCGGGAGAAGAUGAGCCGACCUCGGGUGAGCCAGACGAGAGCACCGGGGGAGACUGUACGGUCAGUUCUCCGGCUGCGGACACGAACCCAGACCGGUCUGGUGACACCGUUGCCCCCCCACAGAGUCCAGAUGCAACGUGUACACCUAUGCGAACGGACGACCAAAGUAUAUCCGUGGAAACCUCUUUACCGGCAGGUCAGAGCCCGCCGCCAGAUGAACCGAGCAGCACCAAUCCUUCCCGCCGCUCUGUGGCAUUUUUCGCUGUGUUCGACGGGCACGGGGGUCGUGAGGCUGCGCAGUUUGCACGGGACUAUUUGUGGGAGUUCAUGAAGAAGCAGCGGGGGUUCUGGUCGGACUGUGACCGGGAGGUCUGCUCUGCUAUACGCAAAGGAUUUGUUGCCUGCCACCAUGCUAUGUGGAAAAAACUACCUGAAUGGCCAAAGACGCUCACAGGCCUUCCCAGCACAUCAGGCACCACAGCCAGCGUAGUGGUCAUCCGAGGAAACCGUAUGUAUGUGGCCCACGUUGGGGACUCUGCAGUGGUUCUGGGGGUGCAAGAUGACCCCUCAGUUCCAUUCAUCAGAGCUGUGGAAGUCACACAAGACCACAAACCUGAACUACCUAGAGAGAGGGAGCGUAUUGAAGGUCUGGGAGGGAGCGUUAUCAAGAAGUCUGGAGUGAACCGGGUUGUCUGGAAGAGGCCGAGGCUGAGUCACAACGGCCCAGUUCGUCGGAGCACUGUCAUCGAUCAGAUACCAUUCUUGGCAGUGGCCCGAGCUCUAGGAGAUUUGUGGAGUUAUGACUUCUACAGUGGGGAGUUUGUAGUUUCUCCAGAGCCAGACACCAGUGUGGUGACCCUUGACCCCAGAAAACACCGCUACAUCAUCUUGGGCAGCGAUGGUCUGUGGAACAUGGUGCCACCUCAGGAGGCUAUCUCCAUGUGUCAGAACAACAACGAGGCAAUGGCACCAUGUGGGGUAUCAAGUGCCCGGCAACUGGUCAACCAUGCUCUUCUGAGGUGGCGCCAGCGCAUGCUGCGCGCCGACAACACCAGUGCCAUCGUAAUCGCUUUGCAGGAGCCCGGGAGCUCCCAGGACACGCUGCACCAUGAGGAGGUGCUGCUGGACCUUGCCAAGGUGUCCCAGUGUCCUCCCACCUCCCUAUCACGUGCUGACACUCCUCUCCUUCAGCGGCCUCUAGAGGAGGACUCUCUCUCUGCCAUGUGUGAGCUCCUCCCUACCUUGGAGCGACGGGACGGACUAUCGGGAAACAACAGUCUGUACCAUGUGAACCUGUCUGACCCGUUCACCCUGACUCCACUGUGUGCUAACAGUAGUGCUGAGUUGCCCAGUCAGUCCAGUCCCACCGACAGGACAGUUGGCAGCAGGACACCCAACGGCAAGAGAACUAUUGGUGGAUCAUCAUCAGGCCAGUCCGCCAAGAGGGCCCGGCGCAGGACUGCAGACAGGCUGCCACUGGUCCAACACAACGCAGAAAAAAAACAGAAGGAGUCCACUAACGUCUCCCCCAUUCUCCAGCAGCAUAACAAGACCUCAGUGUGUGUGUGCUGAAACACACACACACACACACACACACACACACACACACACACACACACACACACACAUACAUAUACAUAAACCUGCUGCCUCCCACUGUCAACCUUGUCUCCAGUCGCAUGUCUGUUCCUUUUGUUUGCAGUUGCACAUUUUCACAGUGCAAACCAGCCUGGCUGUAGAGGUAAAGACUGGUCUUCUUGCUUAGCCCCAGUAUAAUACUCAUUUGAAAGCUCUUGUUUUCACAAGACAUUUUGUCUUUUGUUUGAAAAUUCCCUCCAGAAAUGCUGAUUAAAUUUGUGUCUCACUCCACCUCUUUCUGGUAACAGUUGUAAAAAAUAAGUAUGAUUAAUGAUGCUGGUGUAAAUAUUAUGCAUUUUAUAGUUGAGUAAUGAGUAAGUGAAACUGUUCAUCUAAAACAAAUAUAUAUUUUUUAUACAUUCUUUUAUUGUUUGAUGAUAAAACAGGAAGAUUUAGAUGAGCUCCACCAUAGGUUUUCACUCUCUCCAUAUACCCUUGUGUGCACACCCUGUGUUUUAAACAUAUUUAUGUAUUUUUUAUCCUCAUCAUUUUUUAUUUAAUCACUGGAGAUUUGUCUUGAAUAUAAACUGAAGGUGCUGCUACAGUCUCAAACCAGUAAGCUACUACAUUGUCUAUAUUGAUAAAUGAAAUAUAUGUAUUAAGUGUUGGUAGCGUUUACUUCUUUGUGAAUAUGCAUUUGACACAACUCAUCUGUUAAAUUUCAAAUAGUGAAAGGUGUUUUAAUUUUUAACUGCACAAUGCAUCUGAAGGGAUGGAUCAACUGUCUUAAUAACAUUACAAUGUUGUAAUUUACUGUCAUCACUUCCCCUGAGCCAGUUCCACCCAUCCAUAUAUCGGUAGUGAUUUUCUGUGUUUCCGAGAAUGCCUUGCAGCAGUCUUCUGCAUCUGAAGCUUUUGCAGAAAGCUGUCUCUACAAUGAUGGAUCUGUCCCUCUGCAUCUGAUACGUCCAGGUGGCUUUAAAACUGAGACAUCCUUUAGUUCUGCGAGACCAACAUAAAACCUGAUGUUUACAAUCAAUGCUAAUGAUUAUUUUGUGCUGCCAAACUUCCAUUGUGGCUGCACUGGAUGUAUCAGUUGUCUAUGUUGGACCACGAGAAUAAGAAAAUGUUUGUCCCAACAGACAGGAUUAUCUCACUAAACCAGUCUAUCAUGCUAAUCUUGUUGGCAACAAAGUAAUAGCUGUUCAUUCCUUUUUGUUGAGGCUGACUCAGAUUUCUUUAGCUUUCUCCUUCUACAAGCCAUGUUCCCUCCAUGCUGCAGCUUUCUGAAAAUAUUUUUGCACUAUUAGGCUGACCUUAAUUACAUUUUGAAAAGUGUUUUAUUCCCUUUGAAAAUGGCGCAGCUAGGAAUGGAUGACCCAAUGAAAACUCAGCAAAUGUAAGAUGUUUCAAGUAAAAUAAUCAAUUAUCUUUUUACUUUAAAAAAAAGUCCUCAUUAAUCUGAGCAGAGCCUGCAGAACAUGGCUAUGCCCCCUUUUGCAUCUGAUGGUUUUGUUACUUGACCGUGUGUGAUUUAAAUGAAAAAUAUUCACUGUAAGAGAAUAAUGAGCAUUACAUGAAUAAGACAUGUCUCUACAUGUCUCUCAAUCUUUGCAAAACCUUGUUACAUACUGAUUGAUUUUCCCCGAGCUGCAAUGAAGUGCAAUUUAUAACAAGAAUUUGUAGCAUUAUGAAUUGGUUAAAAAAUAUUGUACAAGGAGUGAUAAUGUUGAUGUUUGACAUGUUCUCUCUGCAAAUACAGUCUGUUACUUUCG